AGAGAGUGAAUAAUGAGUCAUUGAAAAGAAGAGGAAGAGAAGCAAGUGGUUAGAGAGAGAGAGAGAGGGGUGGGAUGCUUUCGGCUGAGCUUGCUCAAUCUGGCCUCGUCUAUGCUGUAUUGGGGAGUUAAGACUCUCUUGGAACAUCUCUCUCUCUCUCUCUCUCUCCUUUGUACUAGGUUUCAUUUCUUUCCUUCAUAACUCUCUUCUUCUUUACCUUCACUUCUUCUUCCCCACAACACUUCUUCUUUUCUCCCCUUCCUCUUUGCUGAGGAAGAAAGAGAGAAUUUAUUUAUUUAUUUAUUUUUGUUCAUUUUUGGGACCAAACGCACCUACCCAUAUAUUUAUGUUGUGGUUUUUAUGUGAGAAUAAUAAAACAAUAAGGUCCUUAGCUAAAAGGGAAGAGUAGAAAUCUUGUGCUCUGCGGAGAUCACAGCGAGGACAAGGAGAAAAGGAAAAAAAAAUGUGGGAUCUCAAUGACUCGCCUGAUCAGAGACGGGACGACGAAUCCGAAGGAUGCUCUUCGCAGAAGACCUCGUUUGAUGGAGACGAUGACAAGGGAAAACGGGUCGGAUCCGUCUCGAAUUCGAGCUCAUCCGCGGUGGUCAUCGAGGACGGAUCCGACGACGAUCAGGACUGUGACCCAGGGAGGGUGAUCAAACGCCCCACCAACAGCAAGUUGUUCGGGUUCUCGUUCACCGAGAAUGGCUCGCCACCGGUGGUGACCCGGCAGUUCUUCCCGGUGGACGAGUCUGAAACGGGAGCCACGUCAGGUGCCGCCGGCGGCCCCACUGCCUCUGCUGGUGCGUUCCCUCGGGCUCACUGGGUCGGCGUCAAGUUUUGCCAAUCCGAUUCGCUUAGCCCCGGAAAAUCGGUUGAGGUCUCGCAGCCCCUGAAGAAGAGCCGCCGUGGCCCGAGGUCGAGGAGCUCGCAGUAUCGCGGCGUUACGUUUUACCGGAGAACCGGCCGGUGGGAGUCUCACAUAUGGGAUUGUGGAAAGCAAGUUUAUCUGGGUGGAUUUGACACUGCACAUGCAGCUGCUCGUGCAUAUGAUAGGGCAGCCAUCAAGUUCCGGGGAGUGGAGGCAGACAUCAAUUUCAGCAUUGAAGACUAUGAGGAAGACUUGAAACAGAUGAGCAAUCUCACCAAGGAAGAGUUUGUCCACGUACUUCGCCGACAAAGCACCGGAUUUCCUAGAGGAAGCUCCAAGUUUCGUGGGGUAACCUUGCACAAGUGUGGAAGGUGGGAGGCACGAAUGGGCCAAUUUUUAGGCAAAAAAUACGUUUAUUUGGGUUUGUUCGACACCGAGAUUGAAGCGGCAAGGGCUUACGAUAAAGCUGCAAUUAAGUGCAACGGAAAAGACGCUGUCACCAACUUUGAUCCAAGCAUCUACGAGAACGAGCUCAACUCUACUGAAUCUUCAGGUAAUGCUGCAGACCACAAUCUGGAUUUGAGUUUGGGCAAUUCAAUCCCAAAGCAAAACAGCUUGGCGUUGGGGAAUGAUUCUUGCAAUGCGGCUCCCAUGCCAUUAAUCGAAGCUGAUUGGCAAAAUCGAGGAUUAUUUAGGCCUAAGGAAGUGUGUGGAGUUGAGGGGGAUGCACACAGAAGAGAUGGGUACAGCGAAUCUGAAACCAUGCAGCUUCUAGCUCGAUCUAACCUUCAAUCUCCAUCUUCCAACGAAAUGCAAAGAUGUGGGCAAGGGCAAUUCAUCAGAAGGCCUGGAGACACCCAGACGCUUCCCAGUUUUCCCCCACCACCCAAUUAUCAUGUUCAGUAUCAGAGCAGCAGCAAUGGAGGCCGAAUUGGAGGAGAUCUUUCAUUGUCUAUAAAUGAGCAACAAUGGCAGUCCGGUCCUCCCCAAUUGUUUGCAGCUGCUGCAGCAUCAUCAGGAUUCCCACCGCAGAUUAGACCCCCCCAGUAUUGGCCGCACCAAAAUGGGUUCCAUUCUCUCAUGAGACCCUCCUGACCAAUUUCGUUUCAAAUUGUUUACUAAUUUUCCAAUAUCUUUACCAACAUUUUUGUAAGCAUGUAAAGAUAAAAUAUUUUCUCUCUUAUUUUCA